GCGUUUGAUACUCGGUCAUACUGUUGCAACCACAAAAACAGAAACACUGAUAAAACAUAAUUUACUGCCUUUGUUGCCCGCGACUUUUAUCAGCUAAUCUUACUGGGUUGAGCACUUGUUCACAUUGUUGGCCCACUAAGCAGUUAAACUUUGUCCUCCGUCGCAUCACCAUGGCAGCCUUCCAGAUGGGAUCGGGUAGCCAUUUAGUGCCCAUGAGCCUCUUUCGGGACAACCGGGAUCGUGCGGUAAAGGCGAUUCUCAAGGAGCUGCUCCCGGGCCUCAAGUUCGAUGCGGGCAACCUGCUGGUGCUUCUUGAGGGCGGCAAGGACAAGAGCUUUUACAACACCGAUGUGGACUACGUGUUCCGGCAGGAGUCCUACUUCCAGUACUUGUUCGGGGUUAAAGAGCCUGGCUGCUACGGCAUUCUCACCAUUGAUGUGAAAACGGGUGGUCAAAAGAGCGUUUUGUUCGUGCCACGUUUUCCGGAUGAGUACGGUACCUGGAUGGGCGAACUACUAAGCACGCAGGACUUCAAGAACAUGUACGAGGCGGACGAGGUGCUCUAUGUCGAUGAACUCAACGUCUAUCUGGAGGGGGCGUCGCCCAAGCUGAUACUCACUCUAAGUGGCACCAACAGCGAUAGUGGUCUCACCCUCCAGCCCCCGGAGUUCGAGGGAAAGGAGAAGUAUGUGACCGAUUGCGAUCUACUUUAUCCCAUCCUCUCCGAGUGCCGUGUGAUCAAGUCGCCUGCGGAGAUCGAGGUGCUGCGCUACGUGGCCAAGGUCUCGUCGGACGCCCAUAUCCGGGUGAUGAAGUUUAUGCGACCGGGUCGCAUGGAGUUCGAGGGAGAGUCCUUGUUCCUGCACCACGCCUACUCCGUGGGCGGAUGCCGACAUGCCUCGUACACUUGCAUCUGCGGGAGCGGUACAAACUCCUCAAUCUUGCACUACGGACACGCCGGAGCUCCAAACAGUCGGCCUGUCCAGGAUGGCGAUCUGUGCCUGUUCGACAUGGGUGCAAACUAUUGCGGAUAUGCGGCUGACAUUACCUGCACAUUUCCGGCGAACGGAAAAUUCACCGAUGACCAGAAGUUCAUCUACAACGCUGUGCUGGAUGCACGCAAUGCGGUGACGGAUGCGGCCAAAGAUGGAGUGUCCUGGGUGGACAUGCACAAACUGGCGGGCCGGGUGCUUCUGCAGCGCUUAAAAGAGGGCGGCAUGCUGACCGGCGACGUAGAGGAGAUGCUCGAGGCAGGAGUUUCCGGCGUGUUCCAGCCUCACGGACUGGGCCAUUUGAUCGGCCUGGAUGUGCACGACGUGGGUGGAUACCUGCCCGCGGAGCCGAAGCGUCCCAGUGAGCCUUGGUUGAGCAAAUUGCGUUUCGCCCGCAUCCUUAGGGCUGGCAUGUAUGUUACCAUUGAGCCAGGCUGCUACUUUAUCAACUGGCUGAUGGACGGCGCACUGGCCAAUCCGAACAUUGCUAAGUAUAUCAACGUGGAAAUGUUCAAUCGCUUUCGAGGAUUUGGUGGCGUACGUAUUGAGGACGAUGUUUUAAUCACAAAGACGGGAGUCGAGAACUUUGCUAUUGUGCCACGCACUGUGGAGGAAAUCGAGGCAACAAUGAGCUCAACAUAAAUAUGAAAUAUAAAUAUUGGGCAACCUUUAAUACACCUAUGCACAUGUAAUAUACUGUAUCAUAAUCAAAUUAUGUAUUAACCAAUAAAUAAACUAAUUGAGGUCUAAAAAA